AUCAACCUCAAGAAAGUUGUUUUAUUUGUCUAAUCAUAGACAAAAGUUGGCGACCGUGACAGGACGACUGCAAUCUUCAAGAACAUUCGAUCGCCGUGGCCGGGCGCAGCGGAAUUUUCCAUUCGAGGGCGUGGCCGGGUGCAGCGUUCUACGUGGACUCAUAAUCAGGGGAGUGCCUUUCCUUUUUCCAUAUCCCUCUUCAUUUUGUGUAUAAAGUGUGUUUAAUUUCAAGUAAGUGAAACUGCUAUUGCCUAAAACCGCGAUAAGUUACUUGCAGACAUAAUCAUAAUUUGCUAGUGCUUAUACGGUACAUAAACGUCACUUGAUUGAUGUUUGGGUAUUUAUUUUGCUAUUUAUUUUUGCUAUUUAUAUAAAAUUGCACGACGCAUAAGGGUUAGUCAUCAAAAUACGAGCCUUUUCUUGAGCAUUUGUGCAAUAAACAUUUCACGUCAUCAUCCUACAUAAAAUAGUGUUUUCUUUCAUUAUAAACACUGGAUAUGAUAUUUAAAACUUAUUCUAAUUACAUAGCCCGUCUUCAUUAUACGUGUUAAAUUAGAAUAAAUUUAUUACGCCUUCAAGUCUCAUACAUUGCAAUUUGCUAAUAUAUUCAUAAAAUAAUUACCUACUUAUUUACGUUAAUAUUAUUGGCAACCAUUAAAUUAUACAAAUAUUAUUGUGCACUCCAUCAUAUUGCUUUUGCUUAAAAUUUAAAGCACUUUAAGUACGCCGUUGAUAUACGUUUUUAUGCUUCAAAAAUCAUAACUAUAAGGCAACUGUCGCCGACGCUCACACGCUCACGUUAUAAAACUAUAGUCGAAAUUCUUCAUUGCUUAAUAAACUUAAGCUAAACUUUAUUUCCUCCUGUGCUUAACAUAUUGUAUACGUUUAAUUAAAUCGAAAAUUUGCCGAACAUUCCAGCUAUCACGACAACUGCGCGUGACAUUGUAUCGGGAGGCCGGCUCCACGAGCUUACACCGUAGUGAUCGCCGUGUGGCCGCCUAUUACACCGCGCAGUGUGGAACGAAUAUUUCAUCACAAAAUUCAGUGGUUUGAUACAAAGUAUUUAUUGGCUUAAUUUAUUAUUUGUACUAAUAUAAAAUGUCUGAAAAUGAUAACGUUAGCAAGUCAGAUGCGGAACAAAUACAAUUUAGCGAUUUAAUCAUAAUGCGAGGUUCGUUAAAGGGACGUUUAACAAAAUUUAAAAAUUUUAUUGAAACUUUAAAUAAAAUACCUGUAGAAAAUAUUUCUAGUUUGCAAAUUAAAGAAUUAAAUGCCCGUUUGCUCAAAAUUGAAAAGGUUUUUGAUGAAUUUGAUAGGAUUCAAUCAAAAUUAGAAAUCGCUACUGACGUUCAAACUCAUCAUGAUGAAAGGGACUUAUUUGAGACUCAAUUUUUUAUUUCUACGUCAUUAGCUCGUGAGAUUGAAGAGUCAUACACAAAUUAUAUUACUAAAUUCAAUAAUAAAGACAACGACGCAGCUAGUGAACGUUCUUGUAAUUCAAGACGGUCUUCAACAAGUAGUUGCAAUCAUUUGAAUAAUAUAAGGCUACCAACAAUUCAAUUACCCACCUUUGACGGAAAUUACUUAAAUUGGUUAGAAUUUAGGGAUACAUUUGAUUCUUUGAUAAAUUCUGUAGAUUCAAUUCCAAACAUUAAUAAAUUUCAUUAUUUGAGAUCGUCACUUGAAGGCAGCGCUACAGUUGUUAUAAAAUCCAUUGAAUUUACAUCUGAAAAUUACAAGGUGGCAUGGAAAUUGCUUUGUGAAAGAUAUGAUAACAAGAAGAUCUUAAUUAACAAUCAUCUUAAAUCUUUGUUUGGUAUUGAAUCAAUUACUCGAGAAUCUUACAAAGCUAUUCGAUGUUUGAUUGAUCAAGUUUUAAAAAAUUUACGCGCACUUGAAACCUUAGGCCAACCUACAACACAAUGGGAUGUUCUUAUCAUUUACAUCAUGUGUACAAAAAUUGAUACCAUUACUUUAAGAAAAUGGGAAGAACAUAAAAAUAAUUCUUCUGAUGAAGUACCUUCAUUAACAGACUUCAUUACCUUUUUGCGUAGUCGUGCCGAUGUUUUAGAGACAAUGAUUGUUAGUAGGAACGAGAAGCGUGAUGAUCAUAACAAAUCAUCAUCUUCAUAUUAUAAGAAAUCUGACGACAACAAACCGUUGUAUCAGCAUAAUAAACAUACUAAAAGUUUCGUCACUUCUUCUAACUCAAAACGUAUAUUUUCUUGUCCAUCAUGCAACCAAAAACAUAAAAUAUUUGAUUGUGUUGAUUUUAAAAAAUUAUCUCCUGAAGAAAAAACAAACAAGGCUAAACAGCUUCAACUCUGUCUCAACUGUCUCCAACGAGGCCACGUUGUUGAUGAUUGUCGAUCAGGCGCUUGUAGAAUCUGUAAACAGAAGCAUAAUACUUUAUUACAUCAAACUCCUCAAAAUAUUAGUGAUCAGUCUAAUAAUACGAAAAACUUUAGUCAUACAUCUGCCGCUUUAUCAGCUAAAUCUACAGGACAAGUGCUCUUAGGUACUGCUUUGGUGAAAAUAAUCGAUCCUGAAAACAAUAAUACCUACAUAGCCCGUGCUGUGCUGGAUGGAGGGAGUCAAUCUUGUCUGAUGACUGUAAACCUGAAAAAGAAAAUGGGGUUAGUUAGUCGUGAUCCCGAUACCUUAAUAAUAUCGGGUAUUAACAACAUGCAAGUUCCCAUUUCAGAGAGUUGCGAUAUAAAAAUCAGUUCGUUAUUAACUGCAUUUCAUACAAACCUAAACUGUCUAGUAGUGCCUGAGGUCACAGGCCAAUUGCCUAAUUUCCCCAUCGAUGUAGUAAGCUUAAAUUUACCUAACGACAUCCAAUUUGCUGAUCCUAAAUUUCAUACCCCAGCAGAUGUGGAUAUUUUAUUGGGAGCGGACAUAUUUUAUGAUCUCCUAAUUCCUGAACAGAUUUCACUAGGUGUUAAAAAGCCUAUCCUUCAGAACACUAAACUUGGCUGGAUAUUAGCCGGUCGUAGUUACUACAAACCUUAUAAUAGAAUCCCUCACAAAAUUCAUUGCAAUUUUACAAAACAAAUCAGUGAAGACCUUGCAAAGUUUUGGGCUUUAGAGGAACUUCCUUCUUCAAAAUUUUCAGCCACGACUGACGAGCAAUUUUGUGAGGAACAUUUCCUUAAAAAUACAAAGCGUUUGCCUAGUGGCAGAUUUUCCGUAUUAAUGCCUCUUACCGAGACACCUGAAACUGCACUAGGAGAUUCAUAUAACAUGGCUGCCAAGCGUUUUUAUAAUUUAGAAAAAAAGCUAAAUAAAGAUCCUGAACUCAAAGAGAUGUAUUGUAAAUUUAUACACGAAUAUGAAGCUUUAGAUCACUUGACAAAAAUUGAUAAACCUAAAUUCGGUAACUAUAUACCUCAUUUUGCAAUUUUUCGGGAAGGUAGUGAAACAACAAAAUUACGUGUCGUUUUUGACGCAGCUGCAAAAACGUCGUCAAAAAAGUCCCUAAAUGACAUUCAGUGCAUUGGACCCGUAGUCCAAGAUGACUUGUUCAACGUUCUCAUUAGGUUCCGUCAGCAUAAGUUUGUAUUAACGGGAGAUAUACAGAAAAUGUAUCGUCAAAUUGAGAUACAAGAACCCCAACGUAAUUUACAAUUGAUUUUGUGGAGAGAUAACGACUCUAAGCCGCUUGAAGUUUUACGUCUUAACACGGUGACUUAUGGAACUGCAUCAGCACCUUUCCUAAGUACUCGUUGUCUCUUGCAGCUUUCUCAUGAAUGCUCAGAUCCUAUUAAAGCUGAAAUUAUCAAACGAGAUUUUUACAUGGAUGAUCUUUUGACAGGGGCAGAUAGUCAAGCAGAACUAGCUUACAUCCUAAAGAACGUAGUAGAUCAGUUAGAUUCGUCAUGCUUCCCAUUGCAUAAAUUUCGUACUAAUUGUACCCAAAUUUUUUCGGAAUCUACAAACACAAAUCCUCUUGAUUUAGAUAAAAAGUCUAGCGUGUUAGGUGUGUCGUGGUCUCCUGAAACAGAUACACUGAAUUUUUCUAUAAACAUAAAUGAUAACACAAAUAAAAUCACAAAACGCAUAAUUUUAUCGGAAACCUGUAAAAUUUUUGACCCGCUCGGCUUACUCAGUGCGUGCACUAUAACACUGAAAGUAUUGUUGCAAAAGUUGUGGCUACAAAACUUAACUUGGGAUGAAAGUGUACCAGAAGACAUAAAGAAAAUUUGGUUAAAAACGAGUCACAAUUUGCACGCACUACAUUCAGUGUCUAUACCUAGACACAUACUACCUACAACUUAUACCACUUGUGAACUUCAUUGCUUUGUUGAUGCCUCGCAGGAUGCGUAUGCUGCGUGUGUUUAUGUCCGGGCGGUGAAUAAUGAUUACGUAACAGUGAGCCUUCUAUGUGCAAAGACUCGAGUUGCACCUAUUAAGACUCUUACUAUACCUCGUCUCGAGCUAUCAGCAGCUUUACUGGGCGCUCGUCUUGUAGCAAAAGUCAGUGAAGCCCUCCGUUGCCCUAUUAAUAAAAAACUUUUUUGGUCUGAUUCUACCGUCACCCUAGGAUGGAUAAAAACACAAACUAAAAAUCUUAAAACAUUUGUAUGUAACCGAGUGAAUGAAAUACACGAACUUACAGAUAGGGACUCUUGGAGGCACGUUCCAACUAAUCUGAACCCUGCUGAUAUGGCAUCUCGAGGAGUAGAUCCGGGUUAUCUGAUUAAUUGUUCCAUGUGGUGGGAAGGUCCGGAUUACUUAAAAAAUAUGGAGGAAUCCCAAUGGCCUGAAAUUCCUAACACUAAAAUAAUAUUACCUGAAUUAAAAGCUUUACCUACCUUAUCUAAACUUAAAAAUGAAGAAAAUUCUGAAUUCGUAAGAUUUGAAAAAUACUCAAGUGCAUUAAAAUUAAAAAGAAUAUUUGCGUUUGUAUUAAGAUUUAUAAACAACACAAAAAGCAAGAAUAAUAAAUAUACUGGACCUCUAAAAGAAGAUGAACUAAAUAAAUCACUUACCUUAUUGAUAAAAUCUGCACAAUUGAUUUCUUUUGAAACUGAAAUAAACCUAAUAAAAAAUAAAAAAUUACUUACCUCGUCAAAUUUAGCUCAGCUUUCUCCAUUUCUGGACGAAAAUUCCAUUUUGAGAGUAGGUGGUCGACUCGACAAUAGCUCUUUUACUUUUGAGAAAAAGCACCCUAUACUGCUUGAUGGAAAACAUCACUUUACGAAACUAUUGAUGCGAGCGGAGCACUUGCGCUCUUUGCACGCUGGCCCUCAAUUGCUCUUGGCUGGUUUUCGGGAUCAGUUUUGGCCUCUCGGGGGGAGGACCCUCGCGCGUAAAAUAGUACGUCAGUGUGUAAUAUGCACAAGAUUUCGAGGCAAAACUAUGGAGCCAUUGAUGGGCCAGUUGCCGUCUACCAGAGUCACACAGAAUUACCCUUUCCAAAUUUGUGGAACUGAUUUUGGAGGGCCAUUCCUUAUUUCGUCUAAAAUCGGCCGCGGGAAUCGCAUUUCAAAAUGUUAUUUAUGUAUUUUCGUCUGUUUUUGUACUAGGGCAGUUCAUUUAGAGAUUGUUAGUGAUUUAAGUAGCAACGCCUUUAUUUCCUGCCUCCGCAGAUUUAUUUCACGUAGAGGAAAACCGAGUCAGAUAUUGUGCGAUAAUGCAACUAAUUUUGUGGGUGCCAAUAAUGAAUUAAAGAAAGCAUUGCAGUCAAGCAUUAAUUCAAUAUAUAAUUUUACAGCAGAGGAAGGCAUUAAGUUUAUUUUCAACCCCCCUUAUUCCCCUACUUUUGGCGGGCUAUGGGAAGCAGGUAUAAAAAGCGCAAAGUUUCACCUUAAAAGAGUUGUAGGUAAUGCAAGUUUGACGUUCGAGGAGUUGAGUACGCUUUGUACACAAAUAGAAGCUGUCCUCAACUCCCGACCCAUAACUCCUCUAUCUUGUAACCCCAAUGACCUCUCUCCCCUUUCCCCAGGGCACUUCCUGAUCGGCCGUCCACUGACAUCAUUGCCGUCGCCUCCUGCUGCUACAGAGAGAAAAAUUAAAACCAGAUACCAAUUGAUAGAAUCCUUAAGAGAAAGUUUCUGGAAGAGGUGGCAUAAUGAAUACCUAUCAGAACUUCAGAAGAGAACGAAAUGGCGCUCGCCUUCAGACCAAAUAAAGGAAGGAUCUAUGGUCGUUUUCAAGGAGGAUAACCUGCCGCCCAUGAAAUGGCGAAUAGGAAGAGUGCACCGGUUAUACCCUGGCAGAGAUGGGAUCUGCCGGGUUGCGGAUUUUAUAACAGUCAAGGGACUUCAAAGACGCGCAUUAAAUAAAGUGUGCCUCCUGCCACACGAAAAUUCAUUGGAAGAAUCCUCGAGCCAUGAAGACAACGCGGCUGUCUCUUCAGCUCCUUCCAACGGCCCCCCAGGAUGUCUACGACGCUAAAGAGGUCAGGCGCGGGGCAGCGGGGCGGCGUGCGGCGAGUGGCGGCGCAAGCGACGGCGGCGGGGAGGCGCGGGAGCGGGGUACCGCGGCUCGCGGCUCGAGGGCCCGUGGCCGGCACUCAUCAAAUCGCGAGCGUCGGCGACAGUUGUUUUUCUUUGUCUAUUUUUGAUUAUUAAUAUGUACUUAAAGUUUGCAUACAUGUUUUUCUGUAUUAUCAUAACGAAGUAAUACAUGAUCAACCUCAAGAAAGUUGUUUUAUUUGUCUAAUC